CGUUAACGAAAACGAACAAAUAUGGCGAGCUGUCGGAGGACGCUUUUCUCACGUUGCCAGCACUGUUUGCAUUACAGUUCCGAACGGGCCACCGCUCGGUACAAUCGCGACGCUUGUACAAUAUCAGCCUGCUCUUGUCGUGUAUUGGCUGUUGUAGUUGUAUCGGUGUUUGUUAUUUGGAAAAAAGAAUGUCUUUGGUUUUUGCACGGUCGGAUUUUGUUUCGCGCGUUAUUUAAAUUUACCGCAGAUCUAUAGUAUACCGGGUAACUUCUUCAAAGCAGACGUAUCAACGAUCAGCAGCUAUCAUCAAGUUUAUUAUUUUGAUUGUCAAAUAAUGAGUCAAGAAAACGCCGGCAACUCUUGGUACAAGUUCCUUGAAAGCUUGCAAGAGACAUCAACAAAAACGUCUCUGAAUCGGAGAAAGAUAGUUUUUGCAAAAUUAAAUGAUAACAGCUCAUAUCCUGAAAUUAAGUUGUGCUUAUUAAGUUAUGAAUGUAUCAUGUGUUCGAAUCAUAUAUUGGAGAUUCGCGAGGACGAUACGUGUGAGCACCAGUGCUGUGAGGCUUGUGCGCCACGCAUUCAUUGUAGUGAAGACUGCAUACCUUGGUUUAUUUAUGAUCUACCUGCGAACGACCUGGAAUCCCAACAAGAAAUUAUCGAUCAAUUCAAACCAGAAACUGGCGUUAAACUAGUAAAGGUGGGAUCAAAAAAGAAGAGGAAACGGCCUGAAGAUCAUGAAAUGCAAGAAUAACUUGCAAGUUGCAAGUGAUUCAUGUAAAUUAUAUUUUAAUAUAAACGCAAAUGUGAGAAACAUAUAAGCUCGACUAUCAAGUAUAUUAUUAUGAUCAACGAAUUUUUUUAAUAUAUUACAUUAUUUCAUUAAUAUUAUAAUAAUCCUUUUAUAUUGUUUAAUAGUAGCUAAUAUAAACUAUAAUGUGUAUUUUUUACUGUCCAACUUUUGUAAUUGUGUAUCAUUAUUGAUUUAUAAUUUAUUAUCUUACAUCAUUUUUUUCAAUGAUU